AUGACUACAGCAGCUUGUACCCCAUCACCUGUAAAGGCUCUGCUCGUCAAAUCCCAGAAUAAAAUCAUCUUCAUGCCCUUUACCACCAAAUCCCCAGCCAACAAGACCAGAUCCGCAACCGUCCUCCUUUUAACCGGACCAACAAGCAUACGCACCGAGUCUCGAACCCUGGACGCAACGCAGCUCGGUGAGAUAGUGCAUCUGGAGACCAUCGAUGAGGCUACAGUGCAGUUUAUCAUAAGCGCGAUGCCGAAGGUCCUGGAAGAUAUGCACCGCGAGUGGUUUGCGAGAUGCAAGACAUCUGCCGAGCGGUUUCAGAAGUAUGUGGUUGAUCUCCAGGCUGCGUAUUGGGUUGCGCGGAGGGGGAGGUUGGGGAUGAAGUUUGAGUUCGAAGACUGA